UUGCCUGACUGGCCGCGUUUCGCCCGUUGGCGUUGGGCUUUCGCUGGGAGGAUUUUUGGAUUUUUUUGCAUUUGAAUCCUACUGCGCAACCAGACGGAUCACGUGGGCUGUGGAGUUGAUCGAUUUGCAGUUAAAUGUGAAAAAGAGAGAAGCAAGCGGCUGGGAAUACAGCCGUGUGUGUGUUUUUUUUCUCGGAAAAGGGACGAGGCUCGCGCGGGGGGGGAGGACAGAGGUGGGCUUGCCGAAGUCGGCUAUUUUUUUAUUCGGACGUAAGAUGGAGACGCACAUCUCGUGCCUCUUCCCGGAGAUUCUAGCCAUGAUUUUCAGCUACUUGGACGUACGGGACAAAGGCAGAGUGGCGCAAGUGUGCACGGCGUGGAGGGACGCUUCGUACCACAAGUCGGUGUGGCGGGGGGUUGAGGCCAAGCUGCAUCUGCGCAGAGCCAACCCGUCUCUGUUCCCCAGCCUGCAGGCUCGUGGCAUCCGGCGGGUGCAGAUCCUGAGCCUACGGCGCAGCCUGAGCUACGUGAUCCAGGGCAUGCCGAACAUCGAGAGCCUCAACCUCAGCGGCUGCUACAACCUCACGGAUAACGGCCUGGGGCACGCGUUCGUGCAGGAGAUCCCGUCCCUGCGCGUGCUGAAUCUGAGCCUGUGCAAGCAGAUCACGGACUCGAGCCUGGGCCGCAUCGCGCAGUACCUGAAGAACCUGGAGGUGCUCGAGCUGGGCGGGUGCAGCAACAUCACGAACACCGGGCUGCUGCUGAUCGCGUGGGGGCUGCACCGGCUCAAGAGCCUCAACCUGCGCUCGUGCCGGCACGUGUCCGACGUGGGCAUCGGGCACCUCGCGGGCAUGACCCGCAGCGCGGCGGAGGGCUGCCUGAGUCUCGAGCACCUCACGCUGCAGGACUGUCAGAAGCUCACGGACCUCUCGCUCAAGCACAUCUCCAAGGGCCUCACGAGACUCCGCGUGCUCAACCUGAGCUUCUGCGGCGGCAUCUCGGACGCGGGAAUGAUCCACCUCUCGCACAUGACGAGUCUCUGGACACUCAACCUGCGCUCGUGCGACAACAUCAGCGACACCGGCAUCAUGCACCUGGCCAUGGGCACGCUCAGGCUGUCCGGUCUCGACGUGUCGUUCUGCGACAAGAUCGGUGACCAGAGUCUGGCUUAUAUCGCGCAGGGCCUGUACCAGCUCAAGUCGCUGUCGCUCUGCUCGUGCCACAUCAGUGACGACGGCAUCAACCGGAUGGUGCGCCAGAUGCACGAGCUACGGACCCUGAACAUCGGGCAGUGUGUGAGGAUAACGGACAAAGGACUGGAGCUCAUCGCGGAUCACUUAACGCAGCUGACCGGGAUCGAUCUGUAUGGAUGUACGAAAAUCACUAAGCGGGGGCUGGAGCGGAUCACACAGCUUCCGUACCUUAAAGUGUUGAACCUGGGCCUGUGGCAGAUGACCGAGAGCGAGAAAGCGAGGUGAAACUUGGUGAUGUUUUAGA